AUGAGAAAUUAUGCAAAUUUUGAGUUCGGUUAUGGUGUAGACGGAUGGUGCAUGUCUUUAUCUUUUCGAAUGUUUUCCACUACGUGGCGUUCGACUGUUCGUGCUCCCGACGGGCAUCCAGCAGGAGAGAAAAGGAACCAAAAGAAAUUUUCAUGUAAAUACUGUAAGAAGAAUUUCAAACAACAUUUGAAAAGACAUGAAAGAAUCCAUACAGGAGAAAAACCUUACACGUGUUACGAGUGUAAACAGAAGUUUUCGAUUAAGCAUAACUUAAUUACACACCUUCGGAUCCACACUGGAGAAAAGCCUUACCGUUGUGACGAGUGUAAGAAGAAUUUCACAACUAAACAAUGUUUGCAAACUCAUGAAAGAAUCCAUACAGGAGAAAAACCUUACACGUGUGAUGAGUGUAAACAGAAGUUUUCGAUUAGGGAUAGCUUAAUUAAACAUCUUCGGAUCCACACUGGAGAAAAGCCUUACAGUUGUGACGAGUGUAAAAAGAAGUUUACACAAAAAUCAAGCUUAAUGACACACCUUCGGAUCCACACUGGAGAAAAGCCUUACAACUGUGACCAGUGUAAACAGAAGUUUACACGAAAGGAUUACUUAAUUAAACACCUUCGGACCCAACACAAACAAAAGCCACAUUAAAUGUUAAUUACAUCCAGCGAAAAUUAUUUGUAACCAUAAGUAAAUUAUAAUAUUCGCACUUUGAAAUUUCGAAGGAAUGUUAUUUUAAAUUUUUAUUGAUGUAGAAUGAUCGAAAGAUGUAAGCAAAAC